AUGCUAGCGCCAAUUAGUAGAACAAUUCUUUCUGCAGAAGCAAUGGGUGCUCUACCAGAUAUAAUGAAAAGGGCAGAGUGUAAAAGAGGGAUUAAAGCCGUACAAAAGUCCCUAUUAAAUAAGGGUGAUGGCAUAGUUGUAAUGGCAGCUGAUGUCGCGCCUUUUGACUUGGUCAGUCACAUUCCAGCACUAUGUUCUGAUUCAAAUGUGCCGCUUUUAUACAUAAAUAGCAGAUUUGAUGUUAAAACGGAUAAAGACAAACCUACUACCUGUCUAUUCAUUCCUUUAAGUAUCCUAUCAAAAGAAGAAGCAUUACUUUUACAAUAGACAAUAAACUAAAUAUUUAACUGCCAAGU